AUGGAGUUUCUCAAAGACUUACCUCCAGCCAAAUCAACAGCCACCACGUUCUACGACCACUCCAACGAUCCAUGGUUCAAAAACCGUUUCACUGAAUCCGAAUCCGAGAAAUCCGCCGCCGUUGUGGCUUUCAAAGCAGUGCCUGUUUACCUGAAACGGCAAGGCUUCCGUCCCCGGAGCCCUGAGGAUUUUGGAGAUGGUGGUGCUUUCCCUGAGAUACACGUUGCUCAGUAUCCUCUUGGUAUGGGGAAGAAUAAGUCUAGUAAGCCUGGGUCCAAGACGCUUCCUGUUACUGUGGAUGCUGAGGGGAAUGUGGUUUUUGACGCUAUUGUGAGGCAGAAUGAGAAUUCUAAGAAGAUUGUUUACUCUCAGCAUAAGGAUAUUAUUCCCAAGGUGUUGAAGAACGAGAGGGGUGGGGAUGGUGUUGUGGAUGAAGAGGAGGAGUUGCAGAAGCAGAUACAGGCGACUACGGAAGAGACUAAAGCUGCUAUGGAGAAGAUUGUUAAUGUGAGGCUGAGUGCUGCACAGCCUACUAAUGUCCCGAGGCAAUCUGGUGACUCGGAGUUUAUUAAGUAUAAGCCGUCUCAGCAGUCUGCAGCUUUUAAUUCUGGUGCUAAAGAGAGGAUUAUUAGGAUGGUGGAGAUGCCUGUUGAUCCUCUUGAUCCACCGAAGUUUAAGCACAAGAGAGUCCCGAAGGCUUCCGGCUCUCCGCCUGUUCCGGUUAUGCAUUCGCCGCCCAGGCCUGUUACUGUUAAGGACCAGCAAGACUGGAAGAUCCCUCCUUGUAUCUCAAACUGGAAGAAUCCGAAAGGUUACACUAUCCCUCUUGAUAAACGUCUCGCUGCUGAUGGAAGAGGUUUACAAGAUGUUCAGAUCAAUGAUAACUUUGCCAAGCUAUCCGAGGCUCUCUAUGUGGCUGAGCAGAAGGCUAGGGAGGCUGUUUCUAUGCGGUCAAAGGUGCAGAAGGAGAUGAUGAUGAAGGAGAAGGAAAGGAAAGAGCAGGAGUUGAGGGCUCUUGCCCAAAAAGCUCGUUCUGAGAGAACUGGUGCUCCUGCGAGUAUGCCUGUCUCUUCAGACAGGGCUAGGAGUGAAAGUGUUGACCCAAGAGGGGAUUAUGACUACGAUCGUGAGAGGGAGAGGGAUAGGGAUAGGGAUAGGGAUAUGGAAAGGGAAAGAGAGAGGGAAGGGCCAAAGGAGAGUAGAGCGGAGAGGGAAGAGCGGAUUCAAAGAGAUAAGAUCAGAGAAGAGCGUCGCAGGGAAAGAGAGAGGGAGAGAAGGUUGGAAGCUAAAGAUGCUGCCACGGGGAAGAAGAGCAAGAUCACGAGAGACAGAGACCGUGACAUCAGUGAGAAAGUCGCUCUUGGAAUGGCUUCUACGGGAAGAAAAGGAGGCGAAGUUAUGUAUGAUCAACGACUCUUCAACCAAGAGAAGGGAAUGGAUUCAGGUUUUGCAACAGACGACCAGUACAACGUAUAUGACAAAGGCUUGUUCACUGCACAACCCACUCUCUCAACGCUCUACAAGCCGAAGAAGGAUACAGAUGAAGAAAUGUACGGAAACGCAGACGAGCAGCUCGAUAAGCUCAAGAACACUGAGAAAUUCAAACCAGACAGAGCUUUCACCGGUGCUUCCGAGAGGUCGGGCAAGAGAGAGCGACCUGUGGAGUUUGAGAAGGAAGAUGAACAAGAUCCUUUCGGUCUGGACCGUUUCGUGUCUGAUGUGAACAAAGGUAAGAAACCUUUGGAUAAAAUCGGGUCCGGUGGAACUAUGAGAGCUAGUGGCGGUGGAGGCAGCUCUUCACGUGAUGACUAUGGUGGUUCUGGUCGAACCAAGAUCAAUUUCGAACGUGGCGAUCGUUAA